GAUUUCAUAUCCAAACCAAUCAAAAGUGAAAGAUGUACGAUGGAUGAAAAUAUACUACAGCUCCAUCAUUCAUUCGGUUACGAUUGUUGUUCCAAAAUGUUCAAUAUAUGUGCGGCAGACAAACACACAGUUAUAUACGCGGCAGGUAGUUAUAUUAUUAUGUUUGACAUCAAUGACGGGAAAUUGAGUUUUAGAAAAUGUGCCGGCAACGGAGGAAUAGGGUACAUAUCUAAAAAUCCCGUUUUGAGCCAUAUAGCGGUUGGAGAAAAUUGUACUAAUCCUCUGAUAAUUGUGUACGAAUGGCCAACAUUUGAAAUAGUUAGUGUUCUCAAAGGCAGUGCUAAACAACAAAUAAGUUGCUUGUCGUACAGCGAAAACGGUGACUAUUUGUGUUCACAAGCAGGUGGGCCGGAUAAUACUCUUACGAUUUGGGAUUGGAAAAAGUCGAAAAUAGUCUUGAGGACCAAGUCUCACACACAGGAUGUAUACGUUUGUAGGUUUUCAAACUUCAUACCCAACCACUUAGUAACCGCAGGGUCGGGACACUUAAAAUUCUGGAAAAUGGCCAAAACGUUUACCGGAUUAAAGCUUCUAGGUCAGCUCGGACGCUUCGUAAAAACGGAAAUAUCAGACGUCAUUGGCAUUUUCUCGAUGCCCGAUGAAAAAGUAAUAUCUGGCUGCGAAUGGGGCAAUAUUUUGGUGUGGGGAGAGAAAUUCAUCGAGAUCGAGAUGACAAGGAAAUUUAGAAAACCAUGUCAUUCAGCGCCUAUCAUCAUGUUUUUAUACUCCGAACACGACGAGCUGUUGACGAGCAUCAGCAUGGACGGGAUGAUCAAGUUCUGGAACUACCGUACGGUCGAAUCGGCGGAUCCACCCGAAAACGACCGUGUGCUGGAAAUGGAACCAUCUUACGUGAUUAGCAUCCAGGACUCUAUCGGUGGCUCGAAAAUCAUGGGCAUGUCUAAGAUCGACGGCAACCCUGAAUCAUAUGACUAUUUUAUCCAGGACGGCAAUGGGGGAAUAUGGCUUGCCGACAUCGAAAUGUCAACCAACGCGAAGCCUCUAAGACGGUUGGCUAAGUUUCACGGUGGCACAAUAACCUCUUUGCAACCAUCGAGCGUUGGUCAUUUCUUCGCCACAACGUCGUUGGACGGAUGGCUUCACGUACACAAUGCCACAAAAAAAAAGUUGAUAUUCGCCCACGAUUUCAAAGUACCAAUAACUUCGUCAAUUUGGUUGCCAUCGAAGAUAGCUUGUUCGAGAAAUAUUUUCGUAAUUGGAUUUCAAACGGGAAUUUUAAGACUAGUUUCCGUAUCCCUUAAAAAAAUAGACAAAAAAAAAAUAUUAAGUUAUUCCGAAAUAGAGGAAAUACAAACCUCAAAACCUCAUAAUAGUUCCAUUAAUUAUUUGUCGAUAAGCAAUAGUGCCAAAACGCUUGUAAGUGGAAGUGAAGAUAAAACAAUAUUUGUCUAUAAAAUAAAAACUGGACCUAUCAAGUUGAGUCCCAUUGGUUUUUUUCCAUUACCUGGAAAAGUCACAUUUGUUCAUUGGAAACCUUCAGAAAAACAGAUGGCAUUGAUAAGUUGUGCUAGUGGGCAUAUCGUAGAAGUGGAUAUUCCCACCAGUCGUCCACCGUACACCAGAGAAUCGUUUUUAUUAGAACUCGAAUCGCGUGUAAUAAAAACGGUAAGCAUUAAGUCAGAAAUACGUCAACAACAAUAUUUGUCGAAUUUAAUGGACAAGAAAAGAGAUAAAAUCAAUAGAAAAAAAGUGACCUUAAAACUUCUCAAAGAACAAAAUCCCGGCGAUGAAAUUGACGAAGAGUUAUAUUUUGAAGAUUCCGAAGAAGACGAAGAACCGCCGAAAAUCUUUAUUCCUCCAACACCGAACCCCGUAUUGUUCGCCAUUUACACUCCAUCAGAGAACGGUAUAUGGGUAUCGAUUGAUGGAUAUGACGCUGGCUAUUUGUACGAAUACGAUGUGAAAACAUCUAGACCAGUAACUAAUGCACACGUGACAAUACCAGAGAUAAAUGAUACUCCACUAACUGCGAUUGAAAUUUUUGGAACUGAUCCAUUUACAAUUUUAAUGGGAUUUGCUGAUGGUAGAAUACGUCUUACAAAUGUUAAAGUCAACGAUGUAUCAGAUUUUAAUGACUAUAUUGAAUUUACUAUUCACGACAACGAAACAGGAAGAGUAAAUAUGUUGUGUUUCAGUCAAGACAACAAUAUGUUAUACACUUGUGGGGAUGAUUGUAACAUUUUUAGUUUUACGUUUCAAUGUAAUAAUUAA